AUGCCUUUUACACAUGUAUCUUUCAGGGAGCUGCUAGUUUCUUUCCAGAAGCUUCCUCUUUCUCCAUAUGCAGGCCAGCACUCCUUCCAUUUCCUCCUUUGUCUUUCUCUCUUAGAUCACUGCCAAGGCCCUUGCUCCAUCUUGCCUGACAGCCUGCCUCUUCCUCCUCCUGUCACUCCUUUUCGGUGGGAGGAGGAGGAGGAUGAUGAUGAUGAUGAUGACAGACAAGAAAUGAUAGCAGUGGUGUUACUAAUAGAAGAACAAAUACACAUUCAAUUUCCCUCCCCCUCUUUUCUCUUUCCUUCCCUCUUUUCUCUUUCCUUCCCUCUUUUCUCUUUCCUUCCCUCUUUUCUUUUUUUCUUCCCUCUUUUCUCUUUCCUUCCCUCUUUUCUCUUUCCUUCCCUCUUUUCUCUUUCCUUCCCUCUUUUCUCUUUCCUUCCCUCUUUUCUCUUUCCUUCCCUCUUUUCUCUUUCCUUCCCUCUUUUCUCUUUCCUUCCCUCUUUUCUCUUUCCUUCCCUCUUUCUCUUUCCUUCCUCUUUUCUCUUUCCUUCCCUCUUUUCUCUUUCCUUCCCUCUUUUCUCUUUCCUUCCCUCUUUUCUCUUUCCUUCCCUCUUUUCUCUUUCCUUCCCUCUUUUCUCUUUCCUUCCCUCUUUUCUCUUUCCUUCCCUCCUUCCUCUAUUUUGGUUAAUCCAUUCACUGACUCUUGGAAGUCAUGCUUCGUAUUAUGUAACAUGCAAGAACUUUUUUUUUCUCUCUAUCUCUCUCUCUAUCUCUCUCUCUCUAUCUCUCUCUCUAUAUCUCUUUAUCUCUAUCUCUCUAUCUCUCUAUCUCUAUAUCUCUCUAUCUCUAUAUCUCUCUAUCUCUAUAUCUCUCUAUCUCUAUAUCUCUCUAUCUCUAUAUCUCUCUAUCUCUAUAUCUCUCUAUCUCUAUAUCUCUCUAUCUCUAUAUCUCUAUAUCUCUCUAUCUCUCCCUCUCUAUCUCUGUAUCUCCAUCUCUGUCUCUCUAUCUCUAUAUCUCCAUCUCUAUAUCUCCCUAUCUAUAUCCCAUCCUCUCUCUCUCCCCAUCUCUAUCCUCCAUCUCUAUCCCCCAUCUCUAUAUCUCUCCCAUCUCUAUAUCUCUCUAUCUCUAUCUCUCUAUCUCUAUAUCUCUCUCCCUCUAUCCCCUCUCUAUCUCCCAUCCCAUAUCUCUCAUCUCUAUAUCUCUCUAUCUCAUAUCCCUCUAUCUCUAUAUCUCCCAUCUCUCUAUCUCUCUAUCUCUAUAUCUCUCCUCAUCUCUCUAUCUCUAUCUCUCUAUCUCUAUAUCUCUCUAUCUCUAUAUCUCUCUAUCUCUAUAUCUCUCUAUCUCUAUAUCUCUCUAUCUCUCUAUCUCUAUAUCUCUCUAUCUCUAUAUCUCUCAUCUCUCUAUCUCUCUCUAUCUCUCUAUCUCUCUAUCUCUCUAUCUCUCUAUCUCUAUAUCUCUCUAUCUCUAUAUCUCUCUAUCUCUAUAUCUCUCUAUCUCUAUAUCUCUCUAAAUUUACUAAAGCCCUGCAAUUCUCAUAAUCGCUAUCUUUGUCUUGGAACAUUCAUUUUCUUUCUUGACCUUCCCCUUUACAUUGUUUACCUUCCUUUCUCCUUCCACUCCAUUUUUUUUUAA